AUGUCCUCGAUCGACCUGCCGCCAUCCAAGCUUGGGACGAAGGAACAGUACCUGGGAUGGCGUGUAUCUUCGGAGCUAGUGAACUUCGAAGAGAUCGGGGACGAGGGUGAAGUGUGGUUCGGCGAGGACAGUGUGGAGAAAAUGGUAGACUGGGCUCUGGAUCACGUCCCCACCGACCAUCGCCAUACAUCCUCGAGGUCGGCGCCGGGAACGGCAAUCUCCUCUUCGCGCUGCACGAAGCGGGUUCGCGGCAGAGCGGAUCGCGGCGUGGAUUACAGCGCGGACGCGGUGAAGCUCGCAGCGGCGAUCGCCACAUCUAAGCAGCAAGAGAAGGAGGAACACGAGGACGCGAGUGUGACAGGACCCGGGGCAAUCACGUUUGCGGUGUGCGACUUCCUUGCGGAAGACGUCCCUUGCUGGAUGGAUGAGCACGGGACGAAUAUUGCAGACGGCUACCCAUCCAGAGUAGGGAGGGUUGUGAAGCACGGAGGGUACUUCCUCAUAACCCUGCAAUUUCACAGAGAGGAACUCAUGUCGAAGUUCGCCACAUCGGAGACCGGGUUGACGUACCAGUACCUUCUCUUUGGCGGCAAAAGCGGCAACGUCUAUUCCAGCGUUGCAUUCCAAAAGCAGGUCUAA